GCCUUUACUACCUCUGGCCCAGACCACUGCAGAAUGCCCUUAGUUGGUCUCCCUGCCUUGUGAACUCUCUUUGUUCGGAUGAUCCCGUUCUACACCUCCAGAUCAAUGUCGCAAGACACAUUUUCCUGGAUCAGUACCCAGUACCGGUAUCUGUCAAAGUACUUUUCUGCCCUAAAUCUAACGGGGAAAGCUGGCUGUUCCAAAAAGCUGAAAGCAAGAGUGGUUUCUGCCUUUCUUGAACGUCUGGAUCACUCCCGUCUCAUGGGCUCAUGGCAGUUACCCGUAACUGCGUUGCACCACAGUAAUUCAUGUAGACGCCAUAUUCCUUUCCGCCAUUAGCACAAUCAGCACACGACUGAGCCCUGGUUUGCUGCCAAAUGCCAAACACAGGGCUUGUUUAAUCAAAAGCAGUCAAUACACUUUUAUUGAAAUUUUAAGAUUAUACAUUUGAGAUUGGCAAAUGUUUCCCAUGUUGCUUGCUAGGAUGUAGACAGACUCUACAAAAAUAUUCUGUAACUUUUUACCUAAAACUGACAUUAUCUUAAAAAAUAUUUCUUUUAAGAAUCUUGUCUAAUGAAUAGUGGAUUUUGAAUUAUAGAAUUAUAAGAAUAUAAAGAAUUUCAAAGCAGACUCCGACUGAUCGAGGCACCUGCUAUUUUUCUAACGUUAACAGUCUCAUUGUUUUGUCAAAUUUGUAAUAAAAGAUAACUUUCUAAUUGUCAGAGAGGAUCGGGUUUCCAUCUCAUGCAGAGCUGUAACUCUGUGUCUUUUCAUAGUCCUAGUUUAUGGAUCCCAGCCUCUACCUCGUUUCUUGCUUUGGCUGGUACACGAACCUUGACGUUCAUUGUGCACUGCCUUCAGUCUUAACGUUCCUCCCUCAGGCUUCUCUGUCAUGACGUCUACCCAGGUCCCUUGAUGGAUAGAAAUUAAAAACAGAAAACAGCAGUAACAACAACAGCAAAAACACUGAGCUCAGAACUGUGUUGAAAACAACACUAAAAGCAGACAAGGAAGACAGAAGUGUAGAGCGUGUGUUUCAUUGUGAAUGAGAGAGUGAAUCAGACAUGAUGAUGCUAUAAAGUGUGAUUGAACUGAACAUCUGUUUGCUGGUCAUCAUGAACCGUGCUUUUAGCAGGAAGAAAGACAAAACAUGGAUGCAUACUCCCGAAGCUUUAUCAAAACAUUACAUUCCCUAUAAUGCAAAGUUUCUUGGCAGUACAGAAGUGGAGCAGCCUAAAGGAACAGAAGUUGUGAGAGAUGCUGUCAGAAAACUCAAGUUUGCAAGACAUAUCAAGAAAUCUGAAGGCCAGAAAAUCCCUAAAGUUGAGCUGCAGAUAUCAAUAUAUGGGGUAAAAAUUCUGGAACCGAAAACAAAGGAAGUCCAACACAAUUGCCAGCUUCAUAGAAUAUCAUUUUGUGCAGAUGACAAAACUGACAAGAGGAUAUUCACUUUCAUAUGCAAAGAUUCUGAGUCAAAUAAACAUUUGUGCUAUGUAUUUGACAGCGAAAAGUGUGCUGAAGAAAUAACUUUAACAAUUGGCCAAGCAUUUGACCUGGCAUACAGGAAAUUUCUAGAAUCUGGAGGAAAAGAUGUGGAAACAAGAAAACAGAUUGCAGGAUUGCAGAAAAGAAACUUAGUGUUCUCAUGUGACUUUGCUUCACUUCCUGAUGCUUCUCAUGGGGAUCAGAGCAGCAGAAGCAGCAGAUGCUGGAUUCAAGACUUAGAAACCGAAAAUAUGGAACUUAAAAACAAAGUACAAGAUUUGGAAAGCCAGUUAAGAACAACCCAAGUAUCAACAUCUCCACUGCUGCACAAAAUGUCUGAUCAUGAGCAACAUGGGUUUCAGAGAUGCUCACCUUCUUUCUGGCGUAGUAGUGAUGAUUCAUCUUCCUGUCUAAAUAGUUCUUCCAUUACUGUCACUCCUGUCAACUCGCCUGAUUCCAGACUGUCAUUGGGACUGUUAAUACCACCACCUUCUAAAUGUGGCCUUCCCAAGCCAAUCAGUGAGAACAGCAUCCCAAGACCUCAUGCGGGCACCAGGACACCCAAGUCCCCCUCCACUGACAUCUUCGACAUGGUACCGUUUUCUCCGGUAUCACAUGUGUCUUCAACCCCUACUCGCAACGGCACGCAGCCGCCGCCAGUCCCCAGCAGAGCUACUGAGAUCAAACGGGACCUGUUUGGAGCGGAACCUUUUGACCCGUUUAACUGUGGCGCGGGGGAUUUCCCUCCAGAUAUUCAGUCAAAACUGGACGAGAUGCAGGAGGGGUUCAAAAUGGGACUAACUCUUGAAGGCACAGUAUUUUGUCUCGACCCAUUAGACAGCAGGUGCUGAUGUGAAGAACAAGAGGUCCAGAUUUGGGUUAAGUUUGUUUUACAUGCAUAGAGAUCACUCCUAAAUACCUUGUCACAGGUGGUGUCUGCGUGCCAAUAUGUGUUUGAAGAUCUCCACUUUUUGCAAAUUACUUUAGUAGAAUGUGUUCCACUAUGGAUCUAUGACGUUUAUUUUAAAAAUAAGUCACUGUAAAGUAAAUCAUACUUUCAUGUUCCUUUCUGUUUCUCUUGUCGAUGAAUUUAGAAUCAAAGAACAAAUUAUCCAAAUAUCUGCCUUGUGUCUGAGUUCUGAAUAAUUAGCAUCUUGAAAUCUGUGUUCAUUUUCCAGGCUGCUACUUUAUUAUUCACCCCAAAAGCCAUACCUUGAUAAUCCCUUUCAGUCUUGAGGAGAUAUACCAAUGCUAAACUUAGUAUAUCUGUAUUCAGACCAAUAAGCAUGUUACCAUGCAUCAGACAGGUGUUAUUUUAUGUAUUAAAUGUUGUUCAUAUCAUCGGCAACACGUAAACUUUGAGUAUAAUACCGCCAGGUCAUUUUUAGCAGGUAAAAUAGCAAAAACAUAAUUUCCAAUAAUAAUUAAGCCAAAUAAUUAUUUAUUAGUAAAAGCAAAGUAAUAAUGUUAGCUAUUACAGUCAGUCAUACUCUAAAUCUUUUAUUUAUUUCCUAAGUAAGGAUAAUGGUAAAAGCCAAAAAUUUGCUCAUUACAAAUACACUUAAGAUUUAAUUUCUAAUGAGAUACGUUACAUUGCUAAACAUCUAAACAUCAUCUGAUCUAAUAUUUUCUAAAAAAAAAAAAAAUGGAAUGUCAGUUGUCUGCAGUUGCAAAAUCUAUUACCCACAUUUACUUUA